GCAGGGUGAAGUUGGCAUUAUGUUAACGUUGGUUCUAGGCGCAGUGUGGCUAGUGUGCCAUGCAUACGCACAGAAUGAGACAGAACCCAUUGUACUAGAGGGGAAAUGCCUGGUGGUGUGCGACUCAAAUCCGACCGCGGACCCGACUGGGACGGCUCUUGGGAUAUCGGUGCGUUCGGGGAGCGCCAAAGUGGCUUUUUCCGUGGUGAGGAACACGAACCACGAACCGUCUGAGAUGAGCAAUCGAACCAUGGUGAUCUACUUUGAUCAGGUACUCGUGAACAUUGGUAAAAGUUUCGAUGAGGAAAGGAGCAAUUUCUUCGCCCCGCGCAAAGGGAUAUACAGUUUUAAUUUCUACGUAGUGAAAGUGUAUAACCGCCAAAUCAUCCAGGUGAGCCUGAUGCACAAUGGCUGGCCAGUGAUCUCCGCCUUUGCUGGGGAUCAAGACGUCACGCGUGAAGCAGCCAGUAACGGCGUCCUGAUUCAAAUGGAGAAAGGUGACCGCGUCUACCUCAAGCUGGAGCGGGGCAACCUGAUGGGCGGCUGGAAGUACUCCACAUUCUCUGGCUUCCUGGUCUUCCCCCUGUAGAGGAGGGGCACGACAAGGAGGGACUAUUGCUCUUUAGCUCGCCGGCUUGUGGGAGAUAGAAGGGAUAUGAGGGUGGAUGAGAGAUAGGAUGCUAGCGAGAAUGUAAAGAAAAAAUUUAGAAAGAGAAAAUUUUGUGGCAGGCUCUCAGUCGCACUCACUUCGCUCUGCUGCUUGACUACAGCUCUGGACAGCCAAAACUUUUUUAUUAUCCUUAUUAUAAACGAUAAUUGAAACGAUCCGGAAAGAAAACAUACAGAAGAUCGUGGCCCUUCCCCUCCCAAUCGCCCCUCGAAAUUGUUCAUCUGCUCCGAGGAUCGUCCUUCAGCAGCCCAGAUCUCCAUUUCACACAGACCAUCUCUGUAUAUUCUCUCCAUAAAUGCAUACUGUCAGUCUCAGAUAUCAUUCUCAUUCUUGUCAAUACCCCAAGUCUAGUCGCUCUGCUCUGGCCUGCUCUACUGCUCCUCUCGCUCACCCUUUCCUUCCUCUGAGAGGCCGUCUGUGCUGUGUCAUGACUGAUGGAUCUCUGGAUCCCGAUAAAAAGACUGCAUACUGGAUAUAUACAUAUAUAAAUACAUUAAAAGUUUCUAUAUGAUUAUGAUAUACUUCAUGCCUACUGAAUUUGGUCAAAUCUCUGUAUUUCUGUAUUUCAGUGUUAAUACUUAGUGAUUGUGUGUGGAUUAUCAGGCUGCUGUCCAACUACCAAUGCUUAUUGUUUUUGUUUCGGUCAGAAAUGUGGCUAAGAUUAAACUAUAUCAGAAAUACUAUAAAGUACUAUAAAGUUUUAUUAAUAAAUAUAUGUGAAUAUUUACCAGACAAAAUCCUCCCCUUUACUCAGUUACAUUACCAAUUGUUUUUUUCUUUGAA